UCUGCAACCCGUUCAAUAGGCAGGGGGCGGGCGGCUCUGUUUUGCUGUGCCGGGAGCGCGGAGAAGCAGCUCGUGCUCCAAGUCUCUCUCCCGGACAGCUGGGCUUGCAAUGGAGCCCGGGCUGCCGGGGGGGUGACUGCCGAGCGCCGGGGGCUGCCGCCGGAGCUGGUACAGAGCGGGCCGGCGAUCGCAAAGGCGUUUCUGACCGAUGCGGAGGGAAGCCGGGGAAAUAGCCCGCCGCGACCCCUUUGCCUCGCGCUCGCUGCUCCCCGCAUCCGGUCUGAUAACCCCCCGCGCCAGAGAGGCGGCGAGCGGGGGACGGAGCGCGUCUCGCCGCAGCCACCCAGGAGGAGCCGCCGCCGCUGCUGCGCGGGAGGCGAGAUGCACUUUCGGAGCGAUCGCCAGCUCAGCAGCACCCUAAAGUUUCCCCCCUCCCGUUCCCCGGCUGCUUCCUCGCCGCUGGGCGGCGGAACGGAAACUCCCGCUGCCGCCGCGAUGGGCCAGCGGAGCGCCGCGCGCUAGCCGGCUGCAGAGCCCGGCUCUGGGGUGCAUCGGCCAAGGGGGGAGAUCGCUGCUGCUUCCCCCGGCCCCAGCCUGCCAGCUGCGGCUAUGAAGGGCAGAAAGAAACGAAAGUUGCUGUGAGCCGGCAGCUGGUGAGACCCGCUAGCUGGUGAGACCCACUGGCACUAGGCUGGAGCACGGGCUAGUAACGAGGGCGCAGUCCCGCCAGGCAGGGAGCAGAGCGGCCGGCUGUCGGGACUGGGCUUCCCCACCCCCGGGGCGUGCGAAAUGCCAGAUCCGCCGCGGGAAGGGCUCUCUGCUGGGGGCAUGUGGGCAGCCCCCCCCGGAUCUGCGCUCCGUGUGAUGUGAUGAGCCACAGCUGGCGCUGGCCAGCCGCUCCUGCCCCUGCAGUGCUGCUGCCCUGGUCCCCGGCGCUUCUCAGCAUGAAAGUCUUCCGCAGGAAGGCGCUGGUGCUGUGCCUGGGCUACGUGCUGCUGCUGCUGCUCACCAUGCUCAACCUGCUGGACUACAAGUGGCACAAGGAGCCCCAGCAAUGCAACGAGCCCCCCCCGGCCCGGCGCGCCCCUUCCUCCCCGCAGCAGCCCCACUUCCAGCCCCGCUCGGACAUCCGCUCCCUCUACCGGGCCCCCGCGCCGCCGCCCCGCCAGCGCCAGCUGGUCUAUGUCUUCACCACCUGGCGCUCGGGCUCGUCCUUCUUCGGGGAGCUCUUCAACCAGAACCCCGAGGUGUUCUUCCUCUACGAGCCGGUGUGGCACGUGUGGCAGAAGCUGUACCCGGGGGACGCCGUCUCCCUGCAGGGGGCGGCCCGGGACAUGCUCAGCUCCCUCUACCGCUGCGACCUGGCCGUCUUCCAGCUCUACAACACCGCCGGGGCCGGCAAGAACCUCACCACGCUGGGCAUCUUCGGGGCGGCCACCAACAAGGUGAUCUGCUCAUCUCCCCUCUGCCCGGCCUACCGCAAGGAGGUGGUGGGCAUGGUGGACGACAAGGUCUGCAAGAAGUGCCCCCCGCAGCGGCUCAGCCUCUUGCAGGACGAGUGCCACAAGUACCACACCCUGGUCAUCAAGGGCGUGCGCGUCUUCGACCUGGCCGUGCUGGCCCCCCUCAUGCAGGACCCUGCCCUGCAGCUCAAAGUUAUCCACCUGGUCCGGGACCCCCGGGCCGUGGCCAGCUCCAGGAUCAAAUCCCGGCAUGGCCUGAUCCGGGAGAGCCUGCAGGUGGUGAGGAGCCGGGAUCCCCGCAUCCACCGCAUGCCUCUCCUAGAUGCCAGCCACAAGCUGAACAGCAAGAAGGAGGGGGGAGGUGGCUCGGAUUACCACGCGCUGGGGGCCAUGGAGGUGAUCUGCAGCAGCAUGGCCAAGACCCUGCAGACUGCCCUGCGUCCACCCGACUGGCUCAAGAACAACUAUCUGGUUGUCCGCUACGAGGACCUGGUGGUGGAUCCCAUCAAGACUGUGCGGCAGGUGUAUGGUUUUGUCAAUCUGGUGGUGAGCCCGGAGAUGGAGAAGUUCGCCCUCAAUAUGACCAGCGGGCCCGGCUACUCCUCCAAGCCCUUUGUGGUGUCUGCCAGGAAUGCCACCCAAGCAGUGAGCGCCUGGAGGACAGCAUUGAGCUUCCAGCAGAUUAAGCAGAUUGAGGAGUAUUGCCACCAGCCCAUGGCUGUCCUGGGCUACGAGAGAGUCAACAACCCCGAAGAGGUGAAGGACCUAAGCAAAACAUUGCUCAGGAAGCCAAGGCUGUGAAUGGGGCACAGAGGAUGCCAACAAUUA